GAGGUUCCUUCUGUGCUUCAGAGUCAUUUCAGCUCUGCUCAGCCUCUUGUUCAUUUAUCUCCAAGUCUAAGAUCUGAUCUUAAUAUUUUUUAACAUGCCACCCAAGAAGAUUGAACCAAAGAAACCUGAGCCCAAGAAGCCAGAACCAAAGAAAGAUGCAGCUCCAGCUGCCAAACCAGCUCCACCUCCAGAGCCACAACCUGAACCACCCAAGGAGCCCGACUUUGAUCCAAAAAAUGUUGCUAUUGAGUUUUCAGCUGAUCAGAUUGAGGAGUUCAAGGAGGCCUUUACAUUGUUUGACCGCACACCAACUGGAGAAAUGAAGAUCACGUAUGCCCAGUGUGGGGAUGUGAUGCGAGCUCUGGGCCAGAACCCCACAAACGCAGAUGUACUAAAAGUCCUUGGGAAGCCACGGGCGGAAGACAUGAACAUUAAAAUGCUGGACUUUGAAACUUUCCUUCCAAUGCUUCAACACAUCUCUCGUGCAAAGGAUCAAGGCAAUUUUGAGGAUUUUGUGGAAGGGCUCAGGGUUUUCGACAAAGAGGGCAAUGGCACCAUUAUGGGAGCAGAGCUUCGUCAUGUACUCGCAACGCUUGGGGAGAGGAUGACAGAAGAUGAAGUAGACAGACUGAUGGCUGGACAGGAGGAUGCCAAUGGGUGCAUCAAUUAUACCUCCUUUGUAAAGCACAUCCUCUCCGGUUAACUAGGACAUUCAUCAAAAAGAGACAAACCUUAGUCUUUUUGUCAGUUGUUGGAUCACUGUCUAUUUAGAUGGUGAGGUUGAUUUGCAUCUGAAAACAGUGAAAAUAUGUUGAGGCUGUUAAACUCAAAAGUUAGUUUUGAGCACAAAACAAGCCUAUAAAGUAUUAGAUGUUCUUUUGAACAAACCUUAGUAUAAAUAUGUCAGUGAUUUACCAUUGGCAAUGAAGACACAUUGAUUAAUAAAGAAACCAUGAUUACUA